CCAAGCUCCGAGCUCCACCGCUUUGCGUCGACGAGCUCCACCGGUUUGCGGGGUCGAGCCAUGGCAUGGAUUCGCACCAGGGCCUGACCGCAGAGUGGUCUCCACGGCCCUCUGAGGAACUCAUCCUUCAAGAUCUCCAUGAGAGCGUCCGAGCCGAAGAAGGUGAGAACAAUUUGGCGAUUGAUGCACAAGACGAGAAGUUUGUCGAGGAGGCCUUGCAGGACAUUGAAGAGCGGUUCCAGGAGAAUCUGCAUGAGCUCCUCGGCUACACGGUCGAGGUCCCGGUGAAGAUCUCCGCGGACGACAAGUUGGGAAUCUACCUACAACAUCCUCUGAAUCCAGAGAAGGGGCUGCUCUUGGACGAGACCACGGUGAAAGACCCACCCUUCCAAAGCACCGAGGUCAAGCGGAUUGAUUCCCUCAAGGCCGUCGGCAAUUGGAAUCAAUUGCAGAUCUUGGGUGCAGAGGUGGAUGGCUACGAGGGCGACCUCGCGCAGGUUAUCGACCCUCGGGAAGGCCACGAAGCCGACGAUGGGCCGCGCCACGGGCAGAGGGUCCUCCUGUCGGCCGUGAUCGUGGAUGGUAGGGGCAUGGGUCAAAGGUUCCGGAAGUUCUACGUGGGACUGGAGGGCGUGCGCUUUCUCCAAUCGCUGCAGCAAGAUCCACGGUACAAGAACGGAGAGAAAGCCAGGUUGACCUUGUGCUUCUUCAUCCAGCGCACCUACUCCUUCCAUUACAAGGCGCGGCGGAUCCGUGGCAAUGCCUUACACGUCUUGGCCGUGGCGCGACGUCAGCAGAUCAAGUCGGCGGAUCUGAUCGAUAUGCUCUUAGAGGAGAUCUACCAUUCCGAGCACGGUUGGGAGUUCCUUCAUUCCGAGUGUGACUUCAUCACCGGAAAGAAUCAGCUGUUCGGACAAUGCCAAGCACUCCAUUUGGCCGCUGGUCGUGGCAAUCGCGCCUUCAUGGAACUCCUGUUGGACGCUGGUGUGGAUGUGAAUGUGAAGACACGCAAUGACUACAAGGACAACUACACCGCGCUACACGAGGCGGCGUUUUUCAAGCAGGCCGAUGCAGUGGAGUUCCUGCUGGACAAUGGUGCCAAGGUGAACGAGACCAACUUCAAACGUCAAACGCCUUUGCACAUCGCGGCCACACAAGGAGGAUACUUGAUUUGUCGGCUCUUGGUGAAGUACCAGGCAGAUGUCCACACCAAGGACAAUCAAAAGUUCACUGCCUUGGACGCGGCCAUGGCCAAUGGACGUUAUCCACAUCACAAGCUCUUCCACCUCACGGGCCGUAGCUUCAGCGACCUGCUGAAGGUGGCGCGGCACAGCCCCCAAGCCGCCAGCGACUUGCUGCGGGACGUGCAGGUGGAUGCGAUUCACCCUAGCUGGGCUGAAAGCUUGGGCAAGGAGAUGAUCGAUUCGCCGGAGAAGGGGCUUUCGAAUUGGGUGGCGCUCUUAGGCAUUGCUCCAAAGGCUGGAGAAGAGGUCAUCGAGGCCCUCACUGUGGCGCCCCCGGUGAAGGACGAGAGCCACCAUCCCCUCCCUCGCAGGGUCAGCUUGCCAGCAGGCUCGCAGUUCUUGUGCCAGUACCAGCCGGAGGACACCUGGAUGUACUACAGUGCUCAGAAUGAGGUGAUCCCCACGUGGCACCGGGAACUUUGUCCCGGCACCGAGACACGCUUCGCUACCAAGCCCCUGCAGCGGCGCACCGAACGGUGGUGUAGGCAGGUCUAUGGCUGGACCACCGGGCAAGGCUCGGCGAGAGACAAUCAAGUGCAGCAGGUGCCAGAGACGAACAACGCCCUCCGGAUGCGCGUGGCCUCCAACGAGGUGGCGAACCAACGAGGACGUCAGAACGUGCAUCAAGCCGAUUUGGUACCCGUGAAGGUGGUCAUUGUGAAGCUUCCGGGCAUCAUCUGUCCCAUGGUCAUGUAUGUGCUCAGCACCGUGGAUGACAGGCACAUCUUCCUGAAGAUCGGCGUGCGGGCCAUCGUGGAGUACGUGUGGACGAACCUGGUGCAAUACCAGUACUACAACAAGACGGCUCAACGGGCAGUGGUCAUCGCCUUGUUGUUCUGCUUCGUGAUCCAGGUCAUUCCCACUGAACAGGACUCCUACCUUCGAAGAGGCGCGUGGAGUUUGGUUGGGACACAGGUCUACCACGAGCUUUUCUAUGAGACCUUUGAAGCCUUGGGCCAUUGUGUUGAGCUGAAGCUGCCAGAGGCCUAUUUCUGGGAGAAGAGAUGGUCCAUUCCGUUUUUCGGCUGGUCCCUUCCCGUGCCGCAUCUCAAGAAUCUCUUCGAUUAUCUCUCUGCAGCGCUGGGCUUGUGGGUGAUGCACUCGAGUCAACAUGACUUGCGCAUCGAGAAUCAGCCGGUGUGGUUGGCCCUUAUGGUCAUGGGUCGCUGGGUGAUGUUUACCUGGACCUGCCGUGCCUUUGCCGUCUUUGGGGAGAAGAUCCUUCCUGUGCUGCAGGCCUCGUGCAUGCCUUUGGUAGGCAUUCUGUUGGUCACGCUCUUCGUCUUUGCUGGAUUCUUGCAUUCCUUCGCGGCAUUGACGUUGCAUCAGAACACCAGGACCAUCUUCGAGGUGACUAUGGGCACUCUGCGACUGCUGGUGCUGGGAGACGGGGAUGGCGCUGGAGUCGUCUUGGGCUUGUAUGACGGGGAUGAGGAGUUGGGUUCUCACAUCACGAUCUUCUUCUUCUCGGUGGCUGUCAUUGCCUUUUGCAUUUGUUUGCUGAACCUCUUCAUCGCAGUGCACGGCGAAGCUUAUGACAAGGCGCAGGAGACGGCGCAGGUGUCCUUCUUACAGGAGCGCGCCGCCAUUUGCUUGAACUGUUUGCUGAUGCCAAAAUGGCCUCCACCAGGCUGGCCACGCUUGCCCUGCUGUUGGAAGAUCUUGAAUCAACGGAGGCUGUGCUGUGGCAUCUAUGCCUUGUCCUUCGGAGCCUGGGGACUGCUGAUUUGGAUGAGAGAGCUUCAUCCUUGGAUCGCCAGCUUUACUCUUCUGGCAGGAAGUCUCUUGGCCGACGCGGUGCUCCUUCAACUGCCUUGGCAUAAGAAGGAUUCUCAGAAGUACUACUUCUGGGUCUGCCACCGAGACGGCUAUGAUGAAGGAUCCAAUUGUGCCACAGAGAGUGAGCUGCCGGGGCGACUGAGCUCGGUGAAGCACCACGCGAUCCUGCAGACCCGAAGGGUCUCCGAGCACCUGUGCCAUCUGAAACAUCGAGUGGAUCAGCGAAACCAGGGCUUAGAGCUUCACUUGAUGACCCUGGAUCAACGCUUGCGUCUCAUGGAGGGUCGAUUGGCCGUGGCCAAUGCUGCCUUAGCUGGCUUUUUACCGCCAGUCAUGGAAUGAGCGCGUGGAGCUCGAGCUCACCGCGAGAAGACCUGUGGAGCUCUUUUUUCAACCGGAUUGCAACAUCACUUAACAUGUUCCAUCUGCUGCCGACGUGAGGUGCAUUGUAUUUUUACUCGGUCCCAACAAGGGACCUGAAGUCUCACAUGCAUCGGGCAUCGGGUCAGAAGUAAGUUUGGUGGAUCCUGAUAUGUGGAUCGACCAAACGUGGCAGGCUAUGUGUCUUUUGUAAG